AUCAUUGGCAUUUAGGCCUAGCCUAUACCAUUCCAGGAUAGCCGACGCUAAAUGUAGGCUUAUUUUGUUUAAUUUAAUUAUACAAUAUUCAAAUAUAUAGCCCCAACUAUUGUCGGACUAUUUAGCCUAUACUAAACUAUAAAACAUGUAAAGCUAAAAGAUCAUGUAGGUUUUUAACGUAAGAUUACAAUUCGACUAGAGAGGUUCAUUGCGAUAUAGGAUGUUGUGAGGUCAAAUUACAACAUCAAAACACUGUCAUCAUACAGGUAAAGGAGGUAGCAUAAAAUCAAUGAUAGCCAAUAACAUCUGAACAAAAAUCGUUUUCAUUGAUACUGCCCCGUUGUUGCAGUUGUUGCUAAACUUGCUUUUCAGCUCUAGUGUACGUGUUACUUCCGUGUUCAUACCUUGAUACACCUGUGUUAUAACUGCAGUAGAUUGGCUACUGAAGCCACCUGUCGCGUUCUAUUGCUAUUAGCCUAGUAGGCUAUUUGACGUGCCAUGAGCGCGGAGGCAGAAUCAUGUGAUUUGACACCUGUGUCUUUGCGAGACGACCCAGACACUGGAGUGGAAGUUCGAGAAAGUUCGGGAGACUUUAAUAUGGAUUUACAACAGCCGAUUUUCUUCUCGUUGGAUGUACACCAACAUGAAACUCACUCAGCUAAAGUUGUCUCCAGGUUGUCUAGAAAUGCUGCCGCUACAUCAGUGGUGACCACCUCCGACUCAGAAUCCGGUAUAUUCUCAGGUGAAUCGAAACUUUGCAUGGAACAUGAAUCAGACCUGGACUGGUUCUGCAGCUCCGAGCAGAAACUCAAAUGCUUGCACUGCACCAUAGUGGGAUCCUGCCAGGGCCACACAGUGACACCCCUGGCCAGCAGAGUGACAGCCGUCAGGAACCAACUGGUUGACAUUUGUGAGAAAAUGCAGCUGCAGGCCCAGCGCAUCGAGCGCUUUAUCAACCAGACCCUGACUGCCAAAGAGCGGGCACUGCAGGUAGAGGCGAGCGGGGCUCGGGAGCAAGUGGUAGCCCAGGUCAGUGUGGUGAGGGAGGCGGUGGAGGAGGAGGAACAGCGGCUGCUGGAAGCGGUGCAGAGGGAGGAGGAGAGGGUGGAGCAGUGCCUCCUCACCCAGAGAGCCCACUGGGGCCAGGCCCUGGCUAUGCUCACACAGACACGCACAUGUCUGGUGCACACCCUCACAAACACACCGGACAUACAGCUGGCAACCUCUGGCCAGGAAAUAGCUGAGAGGAUUGAGGAGGCAGAGGGGGUGGGUGAGCCUCAUGACACCGACCAUCUCAACCUGAACGCCAGCUGUAGAGACAGCAAACUCAUGAUGGGCCUGUGGGCCAGCGCCAUACUGCUGGGACCAACUGCUUAUGGUUCAGCAAAUCUGACAUUUGACGAGCGCACCGUCAGCUCCGUACUUUCCCUCUCAGAAGACCUUUGCACUCUGACCUUCCUGCCUAAGCGGUCACGCCAGUCCCCGCCCUAUGACCCGGCGCGCUUCGACUGCUGGCCCAAUGCGCUGGGCAAUCUGGCCAUCUCCUCCGGCACCCACAGCUGGGUGAUUGACAUGGGUGAGAGCGGGGCCUUCAAGGUGGGGGUAUGCUACUCCAGCAUGGGGCGCAAGGGCUCGGGCAACGACUCCCGCCUGGGCUACAACAUCCAGUCCUGGGUGCUCUCCAAAUACGAUGGGGACUUCUCCUUCUGCCAUGCGGGGAAGAACACACCCCUGCAUGUGGUCCACAAGCCCAAGAGUCUAGGGCUACUCCUGGACUGGCCUAGUCAGACCCUGGUAUUUUAUGACCCAGACUCCAGUGCUGUGUUGCACUCGGUCAGACACGCCUUUAGUGGCCCGCUGCUGCCAGCAUUUGCUGUGGCUGACCGCAGUGUCACCAUACUGCACUGACCUCUGAAGUACUGUAACUGUAGUGUCAAUGAUAUAGAAUUACGGGUAACACUUUCAUAAGGCAUAUCAUAUGAGUUGAUAAUAUAACAGUGAAAGGGCUUAUUAAUGCAUACAACAAGUAGUACUGCAUUAUACCUGCUGAUAAAAUGGUACUGAAUUACUUAUAAUAUUUGUACAUCCUACUAAUAGAAUACUAUCAAAGCUUCACAAUGUAUUUGAAUGUAAUCAAAUUGGCCAAAAUUAGGCCUUAUGUUUCUCUGCAUUGAAGAGGUAUGCAGAAAGAUUUGAUGGGAGAUAUAUUUCUAAUUUAUUUUUUGUUUUUUAAAAUCUGAAGUAAUGAUUCUGUAGAGAUUUCUGUAGGAGUCUGUUGAUCAAAUUAUACAGUAGUUUUAAUGUGUCAUACUGUAGUCAUUUUAGAUAUAGGAGUAUGCUAUUUAUAUUUCUUAUACUGUUAUGAUAAUUUACUGUAAGUGAAGUGACUGUUUGAGACCUUUUCUAUCUUUUAAAGCGACACCUGUCUGAAGGAGUGGUUGAUCCAUACGCAUACAAAUAUGUGUUAAUUGUCUGAUAUGCAAUGUAUGUCUCUAUUGAAACUCACAUCCUACUUUCCAUCCAUCCGUCAGUGGGAAGAAAAUUAAUGAAAUACCAGACUCAUUGCAAGAGACACAGUCUAGAAAUGAACAGCAGGGGGCAAUGUAGUGUGUGUCAUAGUGAUGCGGAGGUUGACUCGUAACCCGCAAUUCCUGCGGUUAAAGGGUUUAAUAAAGAGAAAACAAUACCUUAAAUCCAUAAAUGUAUCAGUCUUGUGCAAUUUAUAUCUAUAGGCUACAUUUACGUUUUUAUUUCUUUAUUUUAGGCUAUCUGGCAUUAGUGCGUGAGCCUAAAUUUAACGCUGCGAUCACACCGACUGUGUUAUUGCAUUUUGGUACACCAGAAUUACAUUCAUUUCCAAUUAAAC